GCAAUGCAGAAAAAUUCCAAAAGUAUCCACCACACGAGGCUCUCUCAGAAUGCCGAGACCUUCCGACACCUCCGUUGUGCCCACUAUUAAAACUCUUCCAAACAAAAUACUCCGACUCGUCUUCGGAUACAUGAACCGAGAAGAUUUGGAAGCAUGUGGUCGCGUCUGUUAUCAGUGGAAAUGUCUCACCGACCUUCAACUCCGAGGUCCAUUUGUGUUCCAGGGUAAAUCCGUGUACGGUCAUUACUACUCGCCACACAAGUGUCGAGACUUUGUCAACUUUUUACUCGACCUGGAACCUCAAUUUUACCACCCCGUGGAAAUGCGAAUCCAUUCAAUGUCCGACAAACAAGCCAGCACCGUUGCGUCUGACAAGCUCGAAAUUAACUUUAAGCAGGCAGUAAAGCACAUGGAGUCGGUCACCUUAAGAAACUGUUGUCUCAAAUGGAAAACUCUGAUGGGACUCUUGCGCUGCUUUUCGAGGCAUCUUCGAAACCUUACGGACAUUGGGAGCGUGCAUUUUAGUCAACCGGGGCCCUGUCUGUGUGGAAAUUAUCGACAACAGCUCAAAAAGGAAGUUGACCGGAAGGAGUUUAAGGAUUUUAAAGACAAUUUGAAAGGAUUGCGACGGUUGGUAAUCUCCAGAAAAACUGUGACACCCGAACUUCCCGUGUAUCUCUGCAUCAUGACGCAAGGAACUCGCUAUCUCGAUGAGUUGGAAGUGAAUCUAGGCCCAUACGAGACACCAAAUCCGUCGAAUGAUACCGAGUUUUCCAACUUGCUCUCCAUCUUUGUCAAAGAGUUACGCGCGCUACUCUACAAAAAUAAGGAAACGCUCAAAAUCCUCCGGUUUUCCUGGUCCGACAAGAACUUUAUGGGCUAUUUUUCCACGUGUUUGGAUGCCCUAGAGAAAAUCAAGCUGAACCAGUUGCACACUGUUUAUCUUCAGUUUGAUAAGCAUGCCCUACGAGGAAAAGGAGUAUCCGCUCUGCGCGACUUUCUCGAAUACCACUACUCCCAACGACUCCGCUUCUUUACGCUGGAUCGCAUCACGCUCACGGAGAACUGGGCGACGACGGCUGAGUUCUUGGACGAACUGGUGGAAAUUAUCCCACCAUCUUUUGCCGGGAUGGAUUUUAAGGUCGUGGUGAGCGAUCGGCAGGGUGCGUUUAUAUAGUAAUUAUACAAACCUAACUUUUGGGUAACAAAUUCAAUACCAAGUUUAAAUGAACCCAGGUCCCAUAAAAAUGGCCCCAGUCCAUCAAAUUCUUCGACUGGAAGUGUUCCGAAGAUUUAUUUCCGAUAUGCAUUUCUGCAUCGAGAAUGAGAAUACGAAGAGCAUUUCGCAAAUGUUUGGGAGAGAAUGGCACCGAAAAAACUAUGACUAUCCCAGAGUCAAGUCGGUAGUUGUAACCUUUGUCCCACGCCCACAGCAACAGUACGCUCACUUCAACAACUAUAACAUUGACCUUAUUUCGACUCUCUUCCCGAAUUUGACCGAGCUCAGGAUUUCGGAUCGGCUGGUCGAACACAAUCAGAUAUUCACACCCGUAAUUGGACGAAAGUUGGUGUGUGGGGUGUCCAAUGCGCAACUGGAGAAUAAGGACAUUCAACUAAUAGCUAGGAAUCUGGUCAACCUGAGAAUUUUGCGGAUGUGGGUGAACAUGGGGACCGUGGAUGAUCACGGGAUGACAGGGAUUCAUCGCGGUGACAUUUCUAUACUGCAUGAGGACGAUGAACACUUUUCCUGGACGAAUUUCCAUCACGAAGUCCUCCCAAGUUUCUCGCAUAUGCAAUUUCUAGAAGAACUUUCACUCCGUGGAUUGGGGUCUGCCGUUACAGAUAUCACGUUAAAAUUCGGCUUUAAAAGUUUAGACCGACUCAAACUAUUGGAGCUUUAUGGAAAAUUGGGUGUAACAAAGAAAGGGAAACGAGAGUUUAGAAGAAACAUCAAAAGCAAUGAAAGUGGAACUGUUGUCCGAAUAAAAUAUCGAGCUACUUAAAUGACCCGAAAAUUAGUCGCAUUAUUUAUGACAUUAACUUGACCCUGCCCCCGCUCAAAAUUUAAUGUGUGCAUGUAACAAUGACAAAGAAAUAAUAAAAAUAGAUUGUUGCUAGGAAUAUUAAUGGUCUAAAAUUGGAUCAUUGAAUAUAAAACCAGUUGGAAUCUUUAGCAUGGAAUAAUUUUCAGUUAAAUUUUGGUUUUUGUCAAUCGGAUAACAUUUUGUGAAUAAACCCCUGCGAAAACAUGCUCUCCAACUUGCUAAUGCUCAUUCCCGUGAAAACCAUGCUAGAAAGCGGAGAUUGUUCGAGCUACAGAUUUUCUCCAGACUUUUUCAAAGAGUUUAAUCAGGAGCCCAUCCUUGCACUCGAAAAUGAAGACGAACGCGAAAAAAUUCACCCAAUCAAUAGGUAUCUUCAUGAAUUAACAGUGGUUUUGAUCGACACUAUUACGUGUAAAUUAUGACCAUUUUCCCAGAUUUUUUGCUGCCCUUGACCCCGAAAUGUGGGAACUGUCUGAAUCUCCAACAACACAGUCACUGAUGUCAACAAAUACCCAACCCUCAUUUCCCACCUCCUUCAUCUGCCGAUUGUCCGAGUACAUGAAUUGCUCUGGGUUGAAGGUGUGUCGACUCGUUUGCAAACAGUGGAACAACGCCAUUUGCAAAAGUUCGUGUUGGACAACACGCACCGUCGGAGUCAUAGCUGGACAGUCAACAUCGAUCUUCAGCUCAUUCCUCGACUGUCCCGGCUCCACCUGCGCGGCUUAUCUAGAUUGCUCCAAAGUCCGUUUCCGGUACUGGUCGCAUCUCCGAAUUCGUAACAUAAAAUCGUGUCAUUUGUCUCCCCUGUUGACGCAUCACGCGAGCAAAUUUGGAAGAGCAGUUAAACAUGUUCAAAUCCUAGAACUUGAUCAUUGCUCCUUCACCUGGAUGGAUUUCCUAGAAUUGUUGUAUCUCUUUCGAGGUCUGGAAAAAUUGACCAUCACAAAAUCUCUGUUUGGGUGGAAUGAGUGCGGAAUUGCUUCCAAGUUCAUGGCAGCUCUGGGACUCGUGUGCAGUCCACAUUUCGACGAAUUGGUGGAAGAUUUCGGAUCUUUGUGUCCCCCUGAAGACUACUUUUUCGGAAAUUUGAAAGAAUUACAUAUUCAGGAAGAUGAUGACCAGGAUAAAAUGAUGACACCCCUUCUGCUCACCCUGCUCAAAGAUCGGACCCCUUUGCUCGACAAAUUUUCCAUCCUUCUUGGGAGAUCCACAGUUCAGCUGAGAGAACCAGAAGAUCAGAACACCUUGUGGCAAUCCGUCCACGCCUUUUUGUGUCAGAAAAAUGUGAUUCAGUGCAGAAUCGAGUCCUUCCAUCUCAUCUCGAGUGGCAUGGUGAAUCGAUUCUUUACAUAUCUCAGCAUUUGGAAAUUCCCACCAAAAAAUUCGGAAAUUUGGAGGAUGCAAAAGCUCCGAAUUCACCUCCGUCCUUUGAUCCUCUGGGGAAGUUUUGAGCGACAUUUGAUCCCUCUCGUCCAGAGAUUUCCAUGCCUCAAACAUCUCUCCCUGCAGCACAUCAUCCUGCGAGGAAAUCGUGCCUAUCUUGUGAGAGGCUUGAUGGAACAGUGUCCUGACGCGUGUGCGCUGCAAGUUGGCUUGAUUCUGGAUGAUCAAGGAGGCUUUGAAGCAGCCAAUUUAGAGAAGGAACUCCUCUCGUCGGAACUUUACAGAAGGAAUUUGGUCUCAAUCGAGGCCGUCGUGUACACGGAUGCGACGCGGGAACUGCGAGAUAUGAUUCCGUAUCAGAAAAAGGUCACGUUUCCAGGCAUGCAAUCCUUCUCCGUGACCACGAAUGGGGUAUCGCGACCGAGAUUCUUCACCUUCAAUAUAAACGUCGUGGUCCACAAUUUUCCUAACUUGACGGAAUUGAGUCUAGUUGACGGGCCUCCGUUGAGGGUGGGCUCCCUGUUUUCUUCCUGCCGAGCAGUGGACUCUGUGUGGAAGGACAUGUCAGGUGCGGUCGUGUGUGAUGAUGACAUUCAGCUGAUUUUAAAGAACUUGACCAAAUUGGUGAAACUUGUGAUCCGAGCGAAUAUGAAGUAUGUAACGGACAGUGGAUUUACCGGGUUUUCGAUCCAGUAUUGCAGACGUUGGCCAAAAUUUGGCGUUUUGAGGGCGGAAACUCGCCAGAAAUUGGAACAUUUGCAUCGAGAUGGGGUUUCUUUUGGGAGUUUGCAAAAUUUGCAACACUUGUCCAUCGAGGGAAUUGGUCCUUGCAUUACAGACGUUACGGUAGACUUGGCUUUUCACGGAGUCAGUAAUUCAUCUUCGCUAAGAUUCUUGAGCUUUUUUGGGGCACAUCAUGUACGUAAACUCACUUUAAAUAUUACAGCAGGCAUUUGCAAGAACAAUAAUUUUAAUCCUUUGCAAUGUGACAGAUAUCAAAACAGGGGAAAGAACAACUUUGUAAAGAAUUGCCGCAUUGUGAAAUUAUUGUAAAUUGACAUGCUUUUAUUAAUUGGUCCAUUAAUUAGCAACUGAUAAGUCAAAUUAAUUGUGUGCACGUGACAAUAAAAUAAACCGGAAGUAUAUGUAUAUUCCAAUCAAUUAUGUAUUC